AAAGCCGUUCGAAGAGCAUACCAAAAUGCAUUACAAUAUAUAUCUCAAGUUAACGAAAAUACAGAAGCAGAAGUUGCCAAUUAAGGAGAUUCUCUCUGGGCAAAAUAUUUCCUAUCUAUGGACAUAACCUUUAAUUAUUUUGAAUUGUGAACAUGUCCGCUGAUACAAUCGAAAGUUUUUAUGGUGUUUAUUUACUGUAUUGCCUUAAUCCCCAAUAUAAAGGAAGAACAUAUAUUGGUUACACGGUUGAUCCAAAUCGCAGGAUAAAACAGCACAACAAAGGAAAGUAUGCUGGUGGGGCAAGAAGGACGAGUAAUAGGGGACCCUGGUCCAUGGUGUUAAUAAUUUAUGGUUUCCCCAAUGAUAUUUCUGCAUUACGAUUCGAAUGGGCCUGGCAGCACCCUUCCAGAUCUCGUCGUCUACAUCAUGUUGCAUCUAAGAAGUCUAAAGAAAGGGUUUUUGACUACUGUUUAAGAAUUUUAGCUGAGAUGCUACGAACAGGACCGUGGAACCGUCUACCUCUCACUGUUCGCUGGUUAAAUGAAGAUUUUGCAAAGCAAUUUCCUGAAGAUAAGCCUCCACCAUUCCACAUGCCAAUUUGUUAUGGUCCUGUGAUAAGUAAAAAGGUAACAGAAACAAAAGAAACAACUGACUCUGUAAUAUCAAAAGACAGUUGUAUUGAAAAAGCAAACAACAUUAUAUGUUUUAUUUGCCAUCAAAUUAUCGAUGGCAAAAGACUCACUUGUGUGAAUCCUGAAUGUGACUUGGUGAGUCACAUAAUAUGUCUGUCGAAACUUUUUCUAGAACCGGGACAGUACGUCCCUGUAAAAGGGAUGUGUCCCAAAUGCGAUGGGGUGUUUUUAUGGGGCGACAUCAUCCGAAAAUAUAAGGGUUGCUAUGGGAAUUUAAAAAUGGGUUUAACUGCUGACAUGGGGGAUACAUUUUACGAGUCCGACUCUGAUUAAUUAAUCUAUAAUUAGAGCAAAAUAGAGUUGUACUGAAGUAAUAUUUUUUAUUAACAAAUGAAUUUUUAUAUUUUUUUAAACAAAAAUAUGCUCUUUAU